GUUUCGUGAAAGACAUACCUGUCCCAUACUUUACUCCGCCGCCGCCGGUUUUCUUUUCCUCCCAACAUCCGCCCUCCUCCGUCACACAACCACCCAUUCUCAAUUUCAUCAAACCAGCAUCUCGUGAACUCCGUCACCCACCUCCAUCCUCUUGUUGAUUUCUGAGAUUCCAAGGCUAAAAUUUCCCCUAGAAAACCCCAAUUACCACACUCCAAAAUCCCAAUUUCAAACACAAACACAAUGAAUUGCUCUAUAAAACAUUCAUCACCAUCUAUCUCAAGCUCGAAUUCAAUACCCCAAAAGGGUUCUUCCCAAAUUUCAUUCAAAAUCCAAUAUUUACAACCAACACCCUUCAAUUUCAACAUCAAACCAUCGUCAAUCACCUUCAAGAAACCCCUUUACAUCUCCCACAUUCAAGAUUUUGGCGGGUCAAUCAGAAAAAUUAACCAUGGAGCUGUGUGCAACGCGUAUGAAGCUGACCAUUCGCAGCCAUUGGAGAUCAAGAUGGACGAAAUGGCUCAAUCUGAAGCUGGUCAGAAGAUGAAAAUUGGAUUGUAUUUUGCGACUUGGUGGUCUUUGAAUGUGGUGUUUAAUAUUUAUAACAAGAAGGUCUUGAAUGCUUUUCCGUUUCCAUGGCUAACAUCAACACUUUCUUUGGCUGCUGGAUCUUUGAUUAUGUUGGUUUCUUGGGCUACUAAGAUGGUUGAAGCUCCAAAAACCGAUGUUGAGUUUUGGAAAACUCUGUUUCCGGUUGCUUUAGCGCAUACAAUUGGACAUGUAGCAGCUACAAUUAGUAUGUCAAAAGUUGCAGUUUCAUUUACACACAUUAUCAAAAGCAGUGAACCUGCUUUUAGUGUAUUGGUUUCAAGGUUCUUUCUUGGUGAGGCGUUCCCAAUGGGGGUAUAUUUGUCACUUUUGCCAAUCAUUGGAGGUUGUGCACUAUCUGCUUUAACCGAACUCAACUUCAAUAUGAUUGGGUUCAUGGGAGCAAUGAUAUCGAAUUUGGCAUUUGUGUUUCGAAAUAUAUUUUCUAAAAAAGGAAUGAAGGGCAAAUCCGUCAGUGGGAUGAAUUACUAUGCUUGCUUAUCGAUUUUAUCUUUGUUGAUAUUAACCCCUUUCACAAUCGCUAUGGAAGGCCCACAAAUGUGGGAAGUUGGUUGGCAAACUGCAUUAACACAAAUUGGGCCCAACUUCAUUUGGUGGGUGGUGGCACAAAGUGUGUUUUAUCAUUUAUACAACCAAGUGUCAUAUAUGUCAUUGGAUCAAAUAUCUCCUUUGACAUUUAGCAUUGGAAACACAAUGAAGCGAAUAUCAGUUAUUGUGUCUUCAAUUAUCAUCUUUCAUACACCUGUCCAACCUGUCAAUGCACUUGGAGCUGCAAUUGCUAUCCUUGGAACCUUCAUUUAUUCCCAGGCAAAACCGUAAAAAUGGUAUAGAAGGUGGAUGUGUUUUCAUGAGUAGAUGUAAAGACGGAGGGAACUCUUUUUAUAUUGAGUUGUGUUACAAGUGUAGGAACCGAAGACUCUUUAGUGCCAAAGUUGCAGACAGAUCAAUCGUGUGUGCGCCUUUUGGCAUGUGUUGUUUGAAACAUUGAUCAAGCUAUUGAGAGUAGUUGCGACAUUUAGAUAGCAAAAUAAGAAUAUUGUGCUUUUUUGGGACAAAUUGAGGCA